AUGAGACGACGACUUUCAUCACUUGCUACUUCUGUAACUAUCGUUUUGCUCGUUCUGCUGGUGGGAUUCGAUAGUCAUAAUGUUCAGGCGAAAUCUGCAGCAGGCGGACGGGUCCUUGUCUUGUUGGAUAACGAGACCGAUAAAGCACUUUAUUCCCAGUUUUUCAAAUCUUUAGAAGAUAGGCAAUACACACUCUCGUAUAAAACAGCUUCCGACCCAAAGGUAGAGUUAUUCGCCUUUGAGGAACGAGCUUUCGACCAUGUAAUAAACUUUGCUCCAAAAACAAAAAAUUAUGAUAACAAGGUGAAUCCAGCUGCGCUCAUAAACUUCGUUAAUAAAGGCGGCAAUAUAUUAUUAGCCGCCUCUACUGAGCUUUCUGAAACGAUUCGAGAUUUCGCACGAGAGUUUGAUAUUGAAUUCGAUGAUCGUGAAACCUCUGUGAUUGAUCACUUCAAUUAUGACGAGUCAGAUUCUGACGGAAAGCACACAUUACUCGUAUUAGACGACAAGAAAGGCGGUUUCUCUAACAAUUCGAUAAUAUUGAGCAAAGAAACCUUGGAGGGCCCUCCUGUUUUGUACAAAGGAAUUGGACACAAGAUUGGAACGAUUCCCUUGUUGACUAGAAUUGCGUGGAUCACUAGUGAUACUGCUUAUUCGUAUGAAACGAAGGAUGGCCAGGUAGCAGAUCAGGAUCCAUUCAUAUUUGGAAAUGAGAUUAGUUUGGUUUCUGUUCUGCAGGCUCGAAAUAACGCUAGAGUUGCCUUUGUUGGUAGUCUGGAACUUUUCCAAGAUAGAUAUCCAAAAUCUGGAAAUCAAGCACUUAUUGAUGAUCUGAUAAAAUGGACGUUUCAAGAAAAAGGAGUUCUUAGGGUCACAUCUCGUCGUCAUCACCAGGAAGGCGAGAUAGAACCAUUAGAAACAUAUCGCAUAAAAGAUCAUAUUGUUUAUAGUAUCGAAAUAUCGGAAUAUGUUGAUGAUAAAUGGCAUCCGUUUAAUGGCACGGAUGUACAAUUAGAAGUGAUAAUGCUCGAUCCUUAUAUAAGGCGUACACUUACACCUCUAGAAAUUCAACCAGAAGGUCAUCAGUAUUCACGAAUAUUCGAAACACAUUUGCAAUUACCGGACGUGUACGGCGUGUUCAAAUUCAAAGUGAAUUACAAACGCCCCGGCUACAGUUACAUAGUCGAUUCGGUGACUGUGGCAGUGCGACCGUUUAGACAUAACGAAUACCCGCGGUUUAUAUUGUCCGCGUACCCAUAUUACGCGAGUGCCGCGUCAAUGUCUGUCGGAUUUUUGGUGUUUUCAGCGGUAUGGAUUUUUAACAAAGAUACAAGCGCUAAGAAGGAGGAUAAAAAGAAUAACUAG